GAUGCUGUUGGGAGCAGUCUUCGCCUUGGGCUUCGUUCUGUGCAGCGGGUUCCGCAACCUCACCGGGAAAUCUCCCAAGCCGACGCCAGAUGUUUGGGAGGAAUCGAAGGAUGAGACUCAAACCGGGACAACCGCCGCUCAACCCGAGAGGCAGGACAACACCCUGUCAGAGUUGCUAUGGGACUAUGACAAACUGAAAGCCGUGUCUGAGGGUUCGGGUUGCCGCUGUAAAUGUGUGUUCAGACCCCUGGGCCGGCAGGCCUGCCGCCGGAUCGAGGAAGGGACCCUCAGCUCGGAUGACUCGUACACGAUGGAGAUCAUCAGCUCCGGACCGCACUGUAAAUGUACCUGCCUCGCCCCUCCCUCGGCGCUCGACCCCUGCCAACAGAGAAUCAGAUCGCAGAAGCCCCAGGAGGCGGGAGGCAGCGGAUUCAAGCUCUCCUCUAUGGUGGAUUUAUUAGAAGAUACUAUCUUUGGCUUGGACCUUUUAAAGUUGCACUCCGUAACAACGAAACUAGUCAGGCAUAUUGAAAAACUGGAAGAGACACUGAAUGUAAACACUUUGGGAGGAGAUAGGCCCAGCGCAGACAAUGCCAACAAGGUUCAGAGUACGAUGGAGAAGAAAGAAAACCACACAACUGGUCAAAGCAGCAUGAAGAAAGAGAUGACUGACAUUGGCACAAACUUCCUGCAGAGAGACGCGGCUGCCACCUACACCCAAUCAGAGGAAAGGCACAUCCAUGUGCAACCUGAAAAGUUUGACAAAGAGCUCCUUCGGAAGAGGGGCGAAAACAAAGACACCAAACCACUCAUUGUGUUGCGCACAGAGCAGAAGCGGUUUGAGAGGCACCACAGACACAGGCAUUCCCAAAGACCAACCAUUAUACGAGCCACAUACUACAAGGCCAAAACUUCAGAGGACUCAGAAACAGUGGGAGAGGAAGAGGUGGCAGAGGAUGAGCAAGCCAGCUCUGCCAGCGGCGAGGAUGGAACUCUCCUCUUUUUGGAUGAUCAACUGAUUAAGCAGAUAGAUCCUGCGGUUAAUGCUUCUCAGACACCAAUUUCUGUACUCACAACCAUCACUCCAGAGACAGCAACAAAAUCCAGUGGUCAGCUGAAUGCCACAGAUGAGAUGGAGUCUUUGACCGAUACUGGUCCAGUUCUUGUUGAAGGUUCAACAAUUCCCAGUGUGACUGUCACCUCCAGCGGUACCAAUAUAACUAACUUUUCUGUGACCACUCCAGAGCUUCACCUUGCUCAGUCCAGCCAAGCCAACGCCUCAGAGCCUGCCACUGCUCUCAACACCACUGCUCUCAACACCACUGCUCUCAACACCACUGCUCUCAACACCACUGCUUCCAUCCCACCUUCCACCCACACUCUUGUCUCAGAUCUUUCUAUAAACUCCACAGCAAACACAACUUUUGCCACCGUCCCAGUCCCCACCCCCACCCCCACCAUGACUCAUGCUUCUGACAUCCCAACCUCACCAGCUUCUGCUCCCCUACCACCACCCAAUACUGCUCCCACAUCCUCCACAGUCACCACCACAACAGUUCCCAUCAGCGAAGCUCCCGUCACUAUCCCUGCCACCACCCCCACUGACAAUGCAGCAACUGCUUCAAACGUCCCACCCCACUCGAACACCACUGCUGCCCCUCCCACCACAACAGCCACAGCUAACACUACAGACCUGGCAGCAACCAGGCUGAGCACCACAGUCCUCACAACCGCAAGUACAACAGCAGCGACCACUGAACUUCCCACCACUGUCCCUGUGGACACCACUACAAGCACUGCAGCCACCACCAUGAGCACUGUACCCACUACCACACCCACCACCAUGACUACUGUACCCACCACAACAUCCACUACAGCCGCAAUACCAACCACCAUGAGGACCACACCCACCACCCCCGCAACCACUGAACCCAGCACAACACCCACCACUAUGGCAACCACUGUCCCCACAACCCCCACCACCACGACUACCAUACCUACCACCACACCAAUACCCACCACCACUGUACCAACCACAGCACCCACCACCACAACUGCUACAACCACCACAACUGCUACAACCACCACACCCACCACCACCAUCACCGUGACCACAACACCCACCACCACAACCACAACACCCACCACCACUACAAUCACCGUGACCACAACAACACCCACCACCACAACACCCACCACCACAACCACAACACUCACCACCACCACCAUACCGACCACCACCACACCCACCACCACCUCAACCAUGGCAGACACUGUCACCACCACCAAGCGAAGAACUGCAACCCGUUCUCCAAAUGCCAGGACAACUUUACUUGCUCCCCUUGCCAGAAGGAGACCACAUGUGGAGGGCACACGGAGACAACGUGUAAGCUACAAUUCGAAUGAAAGUUACCGAAGUUUUGGUGAGUGCAAGGAGACUUUGUCGACCAUCUCUAAGCCCAAGACCAAACACAUUUAUGGGAGGAAUGAAGGGGCCUGGAUGAAGGAUCCAUUAGCACGAAGUGAUAAAAUCUACAUAACCAAUUACUAUUAUGGGAACACCUUGGUAGAGUUUCGCAACAUGGAGAACUUCAAACAAGGUCGCUGGAGUAACUCCUACAAACUUCCUUACAAUUGGAUUGGGACAGGCCAUGUGGUGUACCAUGGGGCUUUCUACUACAACAGAGCCUUCACACGCAACAUCAUCAAAUAUGACCUGAGGCAAAGGUAUGUGGCAGCCUGGAGCCUGCUGCAUGACGUGGUGUAUGACGAGGCCACUCCCUGGAGGUGGAAGGGCCACUCCGAUAUAGACUUUGCCGUCGAUGAAAAUGGUCUUUGGGUUAUCUACCCAGCCAUUGACGAUGUAGGCUCCUUGCAGGAAGUCAUAAUCAUCAGCAGACUCAACACCGUUGACUUGUCCAUCCAGAAGGAGACUACCUGGAGGACCGGCCUGAGGAAGAACUAUUAUGGCAACUGCUUCAUAGUUUGUGGUGUGCUGUAUGCAGUGGACAGCUACAAUAAGAAGCAUGCUAACAUUUCAUAUGCUUUUGACACUCACACAAACACUCAGAUCAAUCCAAGGCUGCCAUUUAUCAACGAGUAUUCAUACACCACUCAGAUUGACUAUAACCCUAAAGAGCGCAUCCUGUAUGCAUGGGACAAAGGCCAUCAAGUCACGUAUGGUAUCACAUUUGCCUAUUAGAAUGAAAAACACAUAGACACUUGUGAUGAGCUUCAAGCACUUGGCUUUGUAAAAAAAAAUAUAUAUAAGGGGAUUGAUGUUCUUAUAUUCAUUCACAGAUUGUAGAUCGAUCUGUUUCGUGUUAAUAUAAUCAAGGUAACCUGCUUUAAAAGAGAGACAGAAAUACAGAAACACAAAUGGCCCUCCUUUAUCCUGCGCUUUAUACAAUAAUUGCAUACCUUGCAUGUCAUGACCGAGAGGAAUAAGAUGCCUGCCAGACUUACUUGCCGAGUUUCAAAUGGAUCAUUCCUCCUGCUUAAAUUUGGCAUGCUUGCCGACCAACAAAAUUGCAUGCUCCUUUGGCAUUGGUCACUUUGCAGAGAAGAAACCAGCCUCUCAACCUAUGUCUCUGCACUUUGAACUGGCCUUCAAGCUACUGUUGGGAAUAAUCACAGGGAUGAUUCAGUUCCACAGGUGUAAUUACGUUUAUAUGUUCUAAAUCAUGAAACAACUGCAUCUUAACCUCAUGCCUUGAUAGACGGCGUAACAACAAAUGGUACAAUAUUUCACCAUCCUCCAAAGACCUCUAUUUCCAAGUAUUCUUUAUUGUGGAUUAUCUCCUCAAUGACUGAAAGGUAUGAAUUACUGAAGUAUGUGUUGCACCUUAACGUUCACUGAUUAGAAAUGGCUGCUUCCUGUGGUGUUUAAUAUUGGUGGUCAUGUGCUUUAUAAUUUACAAAUAAUUUCCCAACAUAUAGUUUUUACUAAUAAAUUGGAUAGAAAUCUGAUCUUACACUUUCUGUGAAAUGUAGGGGUGGGAAUAUUUGGUUAUUUAGUGUAGAUCAGUAAAAUAAAAACUGCAGAUCGCUAUAGUGUCUGAAACUGACAGCAGUACUAUGUAAUAUUAUGUGCGGUCAGUGAUGCCAGUAUUAACCAUCAAGUAGGUGUGGAAUCUUAAGUCAGAUGAUAUGUCAUUUAGGAAAGAAAAUGAUCCCAUGUUCUCCAGGUGUUUCUUCACCACAGGCCCUGCAAGUUGUUGUGGCAUUUAUAUUGAAUGAUUGAUCCAUUGCUUGGAACAUCUGUACUGCUUGGAGCAACUAGAAUGCAAUAUAAUGCUGCUGACAUCUAUUAGGCUUCCCAUUCCAUUUUAUGGCUGAAUUUGUGCGUUUGCCAAGGUGAUGGACUGCAGUGUCUUUCUACUUUGUGCCCUGAGGGUCAGGAUUGGGCUUUCCUCAGCCAAACAUAAAAUAAAUAGAAAUUUGCACUGCAAUUCCCUCAUGGUUUUCAGUGAGAAAAGGAAAAAGAUGCCUUUCAGGCAUCCUUGCUGGGAUUCACAAGGAUAGCUGCUCUUGCUUAAACUUGGUGCGUGUGCUUGCCAACAAAACCCACAUGCUUCUUUUACAUCAGCUGCUACGCACAGAAGAAUCCAACAGUAUCAGACCUCCCAUUGUAGCAGUGCCAGAGCACUAAGCUUGUGGCCUCCCAGCGUAAGAAGCCCAAUUCAGGAUUAAAUGAUGGAUGUCUUGUUCUGUGGUUCCACUUGGAAAUUGGUUGAGAUUUUCCCAAAAUUAUGCACGAAUCUUAGUCAUGGCAAAGGUUUCCGAGCCUUUACCGAAGGCGUGGUUUAGUGAGAGGGGCAGGAACUGGACUGAACUCGGGUCCUGGAGCCAUGAGAACAAGACAGCAGCCAGUUUCCCACCCCUGCCUCCAUUCUCAGGGGUGCACUGGUGGCACACUUUCCCAGCAACACAGACACAUGCACACACAGGCGAGUCACAUGACGACUUGCUGUAAGCACUGGUAAUUCCAUUUGCUUUUGGAAAGGGGUUAUUGUCAGUAUAACUACUAAAUACCUCGAAAAGGGGCUGCACAGGCAUAUAGAGCUUGUGGCAGCUAUUCAGCUCCAAAAUCUUCAACAACAGAGAAGUCCUGUCUUGUUGUACGGCCGGGAAUGAAUUGGGCACAUAGACUAAUGAAGAGAUUUUGUGGGAGAGAGGGGAAAGGAUGUAGCAAUUUGUUUUACUUUUCUCACCUCUUUACAGAGGUACGUAAUGUCAUGAGGAACAUAUUUUUGGAGAGUGCAUAAUAUCUUGGUGAAAAUAAGCUGAUACUAUCUUUGAUAGCAAUAACACAACAGUGAAACUACAGAUAAAUGGAAGUGUUUUAUUGGUUAGUGAGGCCUGCAAUUCAUUGAGUAUUGAAAUUCUAUGAUUCUUCAAUGCAAUAGCUGUGAACUAAUUAGAAUGUGCCAUGAGAAUCAAGAAAGUAAUUAUAGCCAAAAUGUUAAUUAAAUAUUAAAUAACCCCUUAUCCAUCAUGAUUAAACUGUUUCUGCUUGACACUUGGAAUAAAUUGGUGAUUGCUGUGAGAUACAAAAUGAACAAGAUAUUUUACUCAGAUAGAAUGAAUCCGCCAUAAAAAUAGGCAAAUAAAUUCAAGAGGACAGCUCACCACCACUUUCUCAAAAGCAAGGGAUCGGCACUGAACACCAGAAAUGACAAUCUUGCCCACAUUCUGUAAAUGAGUAAAACAUGAAAAGUUUUGUGAUCUAUAUGAAUAUUUCUUCAUGAAAUUCCAAAGGCAGUGGUAUAGGGAGCAUUAAAACAAUUUUUUUUCAGAAUUCAGACUUCAUUAAUUGUUUCAUGGAGUUAAAAAGCAAAUUCACCCACAGUAGAAUUUUCUUACUGACUUUGAUAAAAGUGUUGCCACGUUAGUGGUUGUUGUCAGCAGACAGGAGCUAGGAGGAGGAGCCAAUCCACUCAAUUCAAAUAAAACAUUGCAUAAUUUGUUAUAAGUAUUUUCUUGAGAGAGAGCUCUUUUUAAUUAUGUGAGUUACCUAAAUUCACUGGGUUCCAAUCACCUUGGUAUUUAUCAGUACUGCAUUUUCAGCUCAUUGUUUGUCUGUUUCCUUCAAAGAGAUGAUCUAUCAGAUUGCCCCUGCAUACAAUGAGGAGAGGAGGUGAACUGUUAUGGAAGACUAUAACCGAUACUAUGGUUAGCAACAGCAAUUGCAAACGAUUUAUUGCAUUCUAUCCAAUGAGGAGCUUACUAAGUGUGAUAAAAAUUAUGAUCACAUAUGUUGUUGGACCAAUUGGCGUUUUCUAUUACUGUGUAAUAAAUUUGUUUGACAAUUGAAACUUGAGUCUAAUUCCAGUGUAGUAUUAUUCUCCAGUCAUUUGAAAGAAGUAUUUGCAAUUAUUUAAAGCUUUUCAUGUCCUGAAAUAAUGGCUUCAUUGCUUGUUUCAAGAAAUGAGAAGUGAAAUCUCACAAUUAUGUUCCUGUAUGAUGACUUCAUCCAAUUAAUUCUUCCCUCAGCCCCAGCCUUUUGCCCACGACUCAUUUUUGCCCUCAAAUUGGCACCCAUGCCUUUUAUCAAAUAGGUUAAUGCUCCUUCUCUGUAGGUGUUUCUUUUAAAGUCUUGUUCAGAAGUAGGCUGCUAAACAUUAAGGUCUGGCUUCUGCGACUUCAAAUUCAGCCAGGAUGAUAGGGCAACAUUGAUAUUGAUGUAAACGAUUGUGAAGGAAAUGAAGAUGAGGCAGGAUGCUACAAUGGGAAAGCUGAGGAAAUGGAGAGAUUAAGUGCAAUAAUGCAAACUGGCCUUUAGCAAUAUCCACUAUUUUUUUUAACAUAAACUUUAUCCAAGCAGUUUACUGUUGUGGUCACCAUUUGAAAGCAUCAAAUUACUGGAAAAAUUCCUGGUAAUUGAAAUAAGUAAAGACCACAAUUAAAAUAUGAAAGCAGCACAAUUUAAGACAUGGUUUCUUGUCAGGGUCAUUAAUUAAACUGAAUUUUGAUAACCUGGGAAUGGUUAAAAUAGUCUAGUUAAAAGACCAACUCUAAUCUCAAAUUAGUUAGGAUCGUCACAAACACCAGCCGAAUCCCAAUAAAUGAAUUCAGCUUUCAAAAUUCUCUCUUAAAACUCAGUACCAGUAACGGUUAAGAGAAAGGAUAGAUUCAAAUUUUUGGUGAAAACCCUUUUUCAGAAGUGUUGUUUGCUUUUAACAGAUUUACAGCAUUUUUAAAUUACAUGUUAUUUUUCUAAAUUUUGUUCUUUACUUUUCUGGUGGAUUUCAAUUAUU